AUGAGCUCAGAUAAGGAGAACACGAACCUCAAUAUAAGCUCGGCUGCAGCGGACGAUGCUCAUGAUGAGCGUAACUACAGCUCAUCAUCAUCAUCACCUACAUUUCGGUACCAGAGUUAUCUCAGCGAAUGCCUCGCUAGAGGUGGUGCAUCUCUUAUCCAUUCCUCCAUUGAUCUGCUUUCGGAGGCCAGUCGACUCACUCCCUGCAUGCUUGGCAUAGACGAGGCGGGGAGAGGACCUGUACUCGGUCCGAUGCUUUAUGCGUGUGCCGUGGCGCCGUUAAGCAAAAAGAACGCCUUGAAGGAAAUGGGUUUGGCAGAUUCUAAGCAGUUAACGGAAGAGAGGCGCGAGGAGUUGUUGAAACAAAUGCUCAACGAAAAUGACUGGAUCGCUUACACUAUCCAUGCCAUCUCGCCUAUGGAGAUCACUGAGAAGAUGCUCAGCAGCCAGAAAGUCAGUCUCAACGUCAUCUCACAGAAUGCGGCAAUUGGUCUUAUUCGGUCAGCAAUUGAUCAGGCCGUGAACCUAAAGGAGGUCUAUGUGGAUACAGUUGGAAAGGCAGAGGUCUACCAGGCUUACCUUGGUUCCAUCUUUCCCGAUCUGAAGAUUGUGGUAGAGAGCAAAGCUGAUGCCACCUAUCCUAUCGUCAGUGCUGCCAGCAUAUAUGCCAAGGUUCGUCCCUACUAA